UUAGUUUUUCCGGCUUGAAUUCAUCUUGCUUUUAGCGCUGCAGCAGAUGAUGAGUUGUGUGGAGAGAGAUAAAGGUUGAUACGUGAUUUGCACUGUUCUCAAAUAUUAACUGGGUUUCUAGGCUCGUUCCGUUGAACUGGAUUGAUUGGUGAAGUUUAUAGGAAGAAAUUAAAGAAAUGUCAUCGUCAAGCUCUCCGUGCGCGGCGUGCAAGUUGCAGCGGCGGAAGUGUACUCAGGAGUGUGUGUUUGCGCCUUAUUUCCCUCCGGAUCAGCCGCAGAAAUUUGCGAAUAUCCACAAGGUGUUCGGCGCUAGUAAUGUCUCGAAACUGCUCAACGAACUGAAUGCGUCUCAGCGCGAAGAUGCCGUGAAUUCACUCGCAUAUGAGGCGGAGUACCGGCUUCGAGAUCCUGUGUAUGGUUGCGUAGGGCUUAUUUCCCUUCUUCAACAGAGGCUUAAACAGGUUCAGCGCGAUUUGAACACUGCGAAGAGGGAAUUGGCGAAUUACAUUGGUCCAAAUGCUGCUCUCGCGCCUUUUAUUCAGCAGGCAGGGUUUAUGCAGCAUCCGAAUCAUCCGUCUUCUUCAGGUGUGAUGCAGUAUAAUAUGCAGCCGAUGAUGAUGGGAUUACCGACGGGGAUUCCUCAUAGUAAUCAGUUGAUAAUCCGCGAUCAUCAGCAAAUUCAUCCUCAUCCUCAUCCGCAGCAGCAGCAGCAAUUAAUCGAGUCUCAUCAGUUAAUGAUUGGGGAGGCAGAUUUGAUCGGGAGUUACGAGCAGCAACACCAAAAUCCCCAGCAAUUCGAUCUCAUGAGGUUUAAUGGAUUUGAAUCCGGCGGGGGCGGGCCCGGGCCCGUUACCGCUACCGGAUUCCAUCAAAUGAAUGCUGCACCGGCUGCUAUAACACCGUCGUUGGCUUUAGGAGCCUACGACAAUCCUUAUCCAAUCCAACAACCGUCCCAACCGGAGCAUUGCCAUCCUCACCAUCACCACCACCACGACCACCACCAAAUUCAGCUUCAGCCACAACUCUUACUCCAACAACAACAACAACCGCAGCAGUUACAGAUUCAACAACAGCAACCCCCUCCCCAACCAGAGACCCCUCAGCAACAACAACAGAGAGCCAAAAGCGAUGAGGGGGGUGGUAGGAGCGUUGGCCCGUUAUGCUAAUGUCUUGUCAAAGCUAUCAUCCCCUCCGUGCUUUAUUCUUUCCCGAAUUCCAGUCUAGCCAUUUAUGCCAUACACAAGCGUAAAGUAAAUGAGAGAGAAAUUGAUUGAACCGCAUGAUUCUGCUAUAUGGAGAAAAAAUUGUAUCUUGGGGAGCUA